AUGGUAAUUUUUCCAAUAAUUUUAUCAUUAAGUGUUGUUCAUAUAACUUUGUGUACACAAAGCCACAGUAAACCUAUUUAUGUGGGGCGAUUUUGUCCAGAAAUUGAGGACAUUUACUCAACUUUUGGACCCUCACUAUACGAUGGAUAUGUUGUAUGGAUAACAAGAGCAUUGAAAGCUGCUACGGAAAUAAAAGUGAAACUUGAUUCUGUUGGAAGCUUAUCACUUGAUAAAGCAAGAUUUACGUCAGAAAUAGAUCUUAUUGAUAAUGUCUUUUCAUUUGUUCUGCUAGAAGAUGUAAAAUAUGUUUUUUUUACUGUAAGUGGAAAAGACUACCCUCUGCAACCGCCAUAUAUACUUAGCGUUAAAAUAAAUGGAGAAGAAAAUUGUAAGAAUAUUAAUCGGCAAUACUUUGAACAAUCUACUGGAGUCAUAAAGUUUUGGCCUAAAGCACCUGACAAAUUUUGUGGCAGACGAAAAAUAAACGAUGAACCUUUACCAUUAAUUGUUAGUGGAUCAUCAACCAAGGCAGGCCACUGGCCUUGGCAUGCCGCCAUAAAUAAAAUUAUCAAAGGCUACCAAACUUAUAUAUGCGGAGGUACACUGAUUUCAAAAUAUUUAGUUUUAACAGCGGCUCAUUGCACUACAACCCGGGGCGUGCCACUCAAUCCAGAAAUUCUUGGUGUAAUUCUUGGAAAAUAUCGUCUCAAUGGCAUCGAAAAUACUAAUCAAUACAGGGAGGUGUUCGAAGUGAUUAUUCACGAUAACUUUGAUAGGAGAAGUCUUAACAAUGAUAUCGCUUUAUUGAAGUUAAGUGCAGAAGCCUUCUUUAACAACUUCGUCCAACCGGCUUGUAUUUGGUUAGACGAAAUUUAUGAUGAAUUACCAUCUCUUGAAAUUACUGGCACGGUGGUAGGAUGGGGGAUAGACCAAUCUGAAACACUUUCGACAAAACUUCUUUUAACAGCCGCUCAUUGCGCCACAGUCCAAGGUGUGCCAGUCAAUCCAGAUCUUCUUGGAGUAGUUCUCGGGAAAUAUAGUCUCUAUCGAAUUGAAGUUACUAAUCAAGACAGAGAGGUAUGUGAAGUAAUUGUUCAUGACGAAUAUAAUAAGAAUUCCGUAAAUAAUGAUAUCGCUUUGUUGAAGUUAAGUUCGGAAGCCAUAUUUAACAACUACGUCCAACCAGCUUGUCUUUGGUUUAACGGAAUCUAUGAUCAUUUACCAUCUUUUGAAAUUACUGGCACGGUGGUGGGAUGGGGGAUAGACCAAUCUGAUAUGCUAUCGAAAAACCUUCGUUCAGCAACACUUCCAAUAGUCCCAGAUAUAACUUGUAUAAGAUACGAACCAAUAUAUUACACCAGUGUGCUAAAUGGGAAGAAAUUUUGUGCUGGAAAUAGUAAUGGUACUUCUGCAUGUAACGGAGAUAGUGGCGGUGGAUUCUUUGUGUUUGUAGAGGAUGAUAGGAACUAUCAAUAUGACAAGGAAGUCCCAGUUGAAGAGAGACCAGGAGCUUGGCAAAGGUUUGUGUCUGAGUUUGAAGAAGCGCAUUUCUUUAUACUCGAACUUUUGGACUCGUGUGAUGGCAGCGUUGAUGAUGAUGACAUACGUGCGCGUUUUGACGAUGCAUACUUUCAAGUCAUGGCUAUCCUUCGUAGUUUAACGAGAGGUGAAUUGAAUUUAUCUGACACGUCUAAUAUGUCGGCUGGCACGAGUUCUAACAUCAAAUCUCCUUUGUCUCAUGUACGCUUACCGAAAAUCCAAUUACCGAGUUUUUCAGGCAAUAUAAAGAAGUGGCCUGAGUUUAUCGAUACAUUUAACGCUCUUAUACAUAAUUGUAACUCCAUAACGGACGUUGAGAAAUUUCAUUAUUUAAUCUCUUCGUUAAGCGGCGAUCCGUUGUCACUUAUUCGUGUGUUUCCCGUAUCCGGUGACUAUUAUUCAGAUGCGUAUGCCGCGUUAAUCGCGCGCUAUCAGAAUACUCGUGAAUUAGCUUAUACCUGUUGGAAGGAUAUUUUAAAUGUAAAUUUGAAAAUUCAAAAUAUAAAUGACUUUCGUCGUAGCUUGGACAGUAUUGAUGAGAAUUUGAGUAUUUUAAGAAAGUUAAAUUUACCUGUUGAGCAAUGGGAAUUUAUAAUCGUUUAUCAUGUUCUAUCGAAAUUAGAAUCGAAGUUGCGCCGGGAUUUCGAAGAAAGUUGUUGUAGUUCUGAAUUUCCUAAAUAUAUUAAUUUAAAAGAGUUUUUACAUUCAAGAUGUGAAGCGCUUAUACGAGAUAAUCAUUUUUCUGAAGCUACUAAAGCCGCUUUUCAUGUUGUAAAGGAUUCGAUUAGGCCUCCUUCUAAUAUUGUUAAACGUCGUCCUGUUACUCACACAUUAGUCUCUAGUCAUUCGGAUGAUAAACUAAAAACUGGAGAAACGCGGCAUGACAACUCCAAGGUUAUGCCUAAAUGCUCGUUUUGCACAGAUGCUACUCAUUCAAUUGCACAUUGUAAGCGAUUUCUAUCAAAAUCGGUAGAUGAACGCAUGUCUGUUGCAAACGAAAAAAGAUGGUGCUUCAACUGCCUUAAAUCAUCUCAUCAAUUAAAAGAGUGUAAGUCGAUUUUCCGAUGCCUUAAAUGUAAACAUAAACAUCACACAUUGCUUCACAAAGAGCAAUCUACCGAUACCCCGUCUCGUUCUGUGUCCUUAAUCGCCAAGGCCUCUGGUUACGAAUUAUGUACAAAAUCUUCACUAAACACAACUGUUCUUCUUGCUACCGCUAUAGUGCAGAUAGUAGAUGAAAAGGGUCGGUAUCAUUGUUUUCGGGCACUGUUUGAUACUGGCAGCCAAAACAAUUUAAUUACUUGUGACGCAGCUCGAACCUUAAAUAUUAAACAAGUACCAUGCGAUGCAAAUAUUAACGGUUUAGGUGGAUUGUCUGCAGAUGUUAGUCACAUGGUUCGUUGUUCACUCGCAUCAAACAACAAGGUUUUAUUCGAUGUUGACAUGCAUGUCAUAUCAACUAUUUGUGGCGAUCAGCCUAUUGCUAAACUUAAUACGAAUGGUUGGUCUCACAUUCAAUCGUUACCCUUGGCAGAUCCAGGUUUCGAUAUACCUGGGCCUAUCGAUAUUUUGCUUGGUGCAGAUAUAUUCGCUGAUUCUCUAUUGGACCAAUGUAUGAAGGGUCGGUCUAAUCAACCUGUUGCGAUGAAUUCAGUCUUUGGAUGGCUUUUAUUAGGUAGAACACACCUCACAUCCUCGUCCUUAUUACAAUAUACAGCCAAAUCCGACGAGCUGACUUCUAUGGUUCAACGCUUCUGGGAGAUUGAUAAUGUUCCUCAAGCAUCAAUUCUCACACCACUAGAUAUGGCAUGUGAAAAGGCAUAUGUCACCGACCAUUAUCGUGAUUCAACAGGCAGAUACGGAGUUCAGUUACCUUUUAAGGAUGCUGACAAAGUAAAUUUUUGUCCUGAAAAUAAUGAUAUUUACUCUCGUUUUUACCGCAUGAAUGAGGGGUAUGAUGUCGUAAUAAAAAAUAAUUUAACAGCUGCUACUUUUAUAACAGUGAAAUUGGAUUCUAUCGGAAGAGUAACCAUAAGUAGUUUAAAUAAAGUCAGGUUUACGUCAGAAGAAGAUUUAGUUAACAAUAUUUUUUCAUUUAUUUUGCUAGAAGAUCCAGAUCCAAGGUAUUUGUUUUCAUUUACUGUAAAAGGAAAAGAUUUUCCUCACCAUCCGCCCUACGUUGUCAGCCUUAAAAUAAAUGGAGAAGAAAACUGUAGGAAUCCUAAUCGGACAUACUUUGAAGAGUACCACCAUGUCACAAAAUAUUUACCUGAUGCACCUGACAAAUUCUGUGGCAGACGAAAAGUAAAUAAAGAAUCAAUAUCAUUAAUUGUCAGCGGUUCUACGACGAAGGCAGACCACUGGCCUUGGCAUGUCGCCAUAAAUAAGCUUACACGAGGUAUCCUAAACUACAUAUGCGGAGGAACAUUGAUUUCAAAAUAUGUAGUUUUAACAGCGGCCCAUUGCGCCACAGUCCGAGGCGUGAAAGUCAAUCCAGAUCUUCUUGGGGUUGUUCUCGGAAAAUAUAGUCUCCAUCGAAUCGAAAAUACUAAUCAAGACAGGGAGGUAUCUGAAGUAAUUGUUCAUGAUGAAUAUAAUAAGGACUCCGUUAAUAAUGAUAUCGCUUUGUUAAAGUUAAGUACAGAAGCCAUAUUUAACAACUUCGUCCAACCAGCUUGUAUUUGGUUCAACGGAAUCUAUGACCAUUUGCCAUCUUUUGAAAUUACUGGCACGGUGGUGGGAUGGGGGAUAGACCAAUCUGAUAUUCUAUCGAAAAACCUUCAAGCAGCAACACUUCCAAUAGUCCCAGAUAUAACUUGUAUAAGAUACGAACCAAUAUAUUACACCAGUGUGCUAAAUGGGAAGAAGUUUUGUGCUGGAAAUAGUAAUGGUACUUCUGCAUGUAACGGAGAUAGUGGCGGUGGAUUCUUUGUGUUUGUAGAGGAUGAUAGAAACUAUCAUUAUUACAAGGAAGUUCCAAUUGAAGAGAGACCAGGAGCUUG